AUGGGCGCUAAGCGGCGUGGGGCAGCGGCGGCACCGGGGAAGAAGCGCGGGAAGCGGGACGUUUGCGCCGAGCUCUGCGCUGCUCUCAGUGACCCGGCGCUAAAGGAGCGGGCGGCGAAGGCCUGGGAACGCGGGGAGUCGCUGCACCAUGAGGCGGCGGCGGUGGAACCGGCCCCGUUCCGGCACUGCGUCAUCCCCGACUUCCUGGCGGAACCGGCCUUCGCGGAGGCGCUGCGCGACGAGCUUCUGGGACUGGGUUUCCGCAAGCGGCGGAACGAUCUCCUCUCCCUGCAGCAGUCCGAGGACCUCGGGGGAAGGUCAGAGCCCCACAUCGCCGCGCUGAGGCAUGCCCUGUGUGAAGAAUUCCGAGCAUGGCUUUCUGCUGUGACCCAGAUUGAGCUGAAGCCAACUCUUGACAUCUCCUGUGCUAAAUAUGAAUACACUGAUGUCUUGCUGUGCCACGACGACGAGCUGGAAGGUCGGAGAAUUGCUUUCAUCCUCUACCUCGUCCCAGCCUGGGAGAAAAGUGAUGGGGGAACCCUGGACCUGUACAGCACUGAUGAACACUUUGAGCCACAGCAGAUCAUCAAGUCCUUAGUGCCUUCCUGGAACACCCUGGUUUUCUUUGAAGUGUCUCCAGUCUCUUUCCACCAGGUGUCAGAGGUUGUGUCACCCAAGUGCCGCCUGUCCCUCAGUGGCUGGUUCCAUGGCCCAGCCGGAGCCGCGCGCCGCAGCCUGCCCCGGAGCCCGCACCUGCCCCGGAGCCCGCACCUGCCCCGGAGCCCGCACCUGCCCUGCGACCAUGAAAUUCUGUAUGAGUGGAUCAAUCAGGUUUAUUUGGACAUGGACUCCCAAGCUCAAAUCCAGGAGGAAUUCGAGGAGCGCUCAGAAAUUCUCCUGAAGGAUUUUCUGAAGAAAGAGAAAUACCAACAGCUCUGUGAAGCUCUGGAGGACAAAGACAUCCAGUGGAGCAGCCGAGGGCCUGCCAAUAAAAGGCUCUAUGAGGCAGCAGAUGAAGACAGUCUACCUGAGGGCCUGAAGGAGUUCCUGCGGUUGCUGCGCUCCGAGGCUUUGUUCUUACUGCUUUCCAACUUCACUGGCCUGAAGCUGCAUUUCCUGGCUCCCUCUGAUGAGGAUGAGGAUGCUGGGGAAGGACAAGCAGCAGACAGUGCUGGGCACAGCAGUCCCAAAGCUGAGCAGGAGGAGGCUGAAGCAGGUGCUGAUGGCAAUCCCCAGCAGCCUGACAGCGUUCCUGAAGCCCAGGAGGGUGAGGCACAGAAAGGCUCAGGAAGCACCCCAGUGUGCACAGGGGAGCUGAGGCACUGGACCCACGGGCACUACACUCUGGUCCAUGACACUCAAGCGACAGAGUUUGCUCUUGACCUGCUCUUCUACUGUGGCUGUGAGGACUGGGAUCCAGCAUGUGGUGGCUUCACGUCCUACAUUGCCAGAGGUGAAGACGAAGAGCUGCUGACAGUGAAUCCAGAGGAGAACUGCUUGGCCUUGGUUUACAGAGACAAAGAAACGAUGAAGUUUGUGAAGUACAUCAACCACCAGAGCCUGGCAGGCCUGAAGAAGCAUCCCAACAGAACAGGAUUUUGGGAUUUUUCCUUUGUCUAUUAUGAGUGAUGAUGGUG